AUGACAGUUUCUGAGGGGUACGUUGUGCUGAAGAUAGAGUGUAACAUCAUGACAGUUUCUGAGGGGUACGUUGUGCUGAAGAUAGAGUGUAACAUCAUGACAGUUUCUGAGGGGUACGUUGUGCUGAAGAUAGAGUGUAACAUCAUGACAGUUUCUGAGGGGUACGUUGUGCUGAAGAUAGAGUGUAACAUCAUGACAGUUUCUGAGGGGUACGUUGUGCCGAAGAUAGAGUGUAACAUCAUGACAGUUUCUGAGGGGUACGUUGUGCCGAAGAUAGAGUGUAACAUCAUGACAAUUUCUGAGGGGUACGUUGUGCCGAAGAUAGAGUGUAACAUCAUGACAGUUUCUGAGGGGUACGUUGUGCCGAAGAUAGAGUGUAACAUCAUGACAGUUUCUGAGGGGUACGUUGUGCCGAAGAUAGAGUGUAACAUCAUGACAGUUUCUGAGGGGUACGUUGUGCCGAAGAUAGAGUGUAACAUCAUGACAGUUUCUGAGGGGUACGUUGUGCCGAAGAUAGAGUGUAACAUCAUGACAGUUUCUGAGGGGUACGUUGUGCCGAAGACAGAGUGUAACAUCAUGACAGUUUCUGAGGGGUACGUUGUGCUGAAGACAGAGUGUAACAUCAUGACAGUUUCUGAGGGGUACGUUGUGCUGAAGAUAGAGUGUAACAUCAUGACAGUUUCUGAGGGGUACGUUGUGCCGAAGAUAGAGUGUAACAUCAUGACAGUUUCUGAGGGGUACGUUGUGCUGAAGAUAGAGUGUAACAUCAUGACAGUUUCUGAGGGGUACGUUGUAGUAUUUUCCCAUUUCUUAUUAAAGUUUAUUCAGGGAGCAUGA